AUGGCGCCCAAAUACACACUUUCAGACUCCGACUCAGAGCAAGAGGAUACGAGGCCCUCGGAUAAAGUGCUGGAACAGGCAUUGCGGGCAGAAGUGGGGGAGAAGUACCGCGCGAAGAAUUACGAGGAGCUCACAGUCAAACGCGUCCGUCACGCGGUUGAAGAGAAAUUAGGCCUGGAGCCAGGCUACUUCAAGGGUACGGGUGAAUGGAAAACACGAAGUGAGGAAAUUAUCAAGGAUGAAUUUGAAAUCCUUCGCACAAGCGCACCGGAGCAGAACGAAGAAGCCGAUGAAUCAACGGAUGAGAUAGAACCCGCUCAACCACCGAAAAGGAGUCCAAAGAUCAAGCGGCAAGGACCCAAUACUCAGAAAGAGCCCAGGAAGCGCCAAAAGGCACAAGCGCCAGCUUCCGACGAGAGUGAUAAGCCAUCACCGGCGAAAACAAGUUCAUCGAGGAAAGAUAAGCAAACCUUGUCUGACCAGUCGGAGAUGGAUGAGGAAGAAGACUCUGGCCAUCUGCAUGCAGAUGCUACCAAAUAUGACUCAGAAAGCGAGAUGUCGGUGGUAUACGAUGAGGAGCCGAAACCCAAGCCAACCCGCAAAAGUAAAAGCAGUGAGGGCGUCUCCAAGAAACCCGUGUCCAAGAAAGGCGCUGCCAAGGGAAAAGAUGAAGACCUGGACCCGGAUCAAGCAGAGAUCAAGCGGCUGCAAGGAUGGCUGGUCAAAUGCGGAAUCCGAAAGAUGUGGUGGCGAGAGCUUCAGCCGUACGAGACCCCCAAGGCCAAGAUCAAGCACCUCAAACAAAUGCUUGAAGAUGUGGGGAUGAAAGGUCGCUACUCUCUCGAGAAAGCCAGACAGAUCCGUGACGAGCGAGAAUUAAAGGCCGAUCUCGAGCAAAUCCAGCAAGGCGCAAAGCAAUGGGGAGCAGAGGACGAGGAAGAGGAUGAAGAGGACAACGAUGGGCCAGCAAGGCCUCGCCGUGCAGCGCGUGGGCGCCAAGCCCUGGCCUUUCUAGACAGCGAUGGAGAAGAGACUGACUGA